AUGCGUUACUCAACAUCUGGAAUGAUACUGGCCGCCAUGACCAUUGGCGAAGCCGUGGCUGGCCCAACUCAUGCUCAUAGGCAUCGACACUUGCACGAGAAGAAGGACCUCAGCGACGUCGACUGGUCGGCUCUCCACUGGGAUGAUAUGGGAAUCGACUGGGCUUCUGCUUAUGCUGCUGGACAACACACAUCCACCUCUACUACUCCGGUCGCCACUCCUCCUGUCGUCACCCCAACUACCACUCCCGCCGCUGCCCCCGCAGCAACGCACACAGAUGCCCCGGCCGCAGCAGCCGGAGCAGUCUUCAGCGAGGUUAAAUCAGCCUUUAGUGGCUUGGUCGGUAUGGCCAAUGGCCUCACCAAGUUCGGGUCAGCAACCCCGCCGUCAGGAACCGGCAUUGACCACGUUGGAAACAUUGGCGACACGCAAGGGUCCAAUAUGAUCCAGGUUGCUAGCACCGCCGGCCAAGACUUCACCGUUACCUUCAUCAACACAUCUGGAGCAGCCAUGACCGUCGUUAUCUGGAACAAAGCCUAUAAACCCGAUGGUGGAGCUACCCAAGCCAACCAGGGUGCUUUUAUGGCACCCACGCACCCCGCCCUGACUAUUAAUUUGGCUCCCGGCGCAAGCGGAAUCGCUGCAUUCAUGGCCGAAAGUCAGGGUUGUUUCGCUCAAGCCACUGACCGAAUUGCCGCAUCAGGAGCCUAUGCAACAACCUGGGGAGAGUUCAACUUCGUGCCCGGUGGAUCUGGAUAUGACAUGUCUGCUAUCAUGAACUCGUUAGGCAACAAAUACAGCAUGACGAUUACGAGUGAAGAGGCUCCUCAAUGCACCAGUGAUCCAACCCAGAACUACUGGACAACCGAUACCGGUUACCCAGACGGUACUCCAAAGCCAAUCGGAAAUAGUGAUGGUAGUUGCUACAUUGCUCAGAACACGGCUCAUUUGACAGUGAAGAUGGGAGGUGACAUGUGA